AUAAGUCAAAAAUGAAAUUUAAAUGACUAACAGAUAUUAGUUUAAAUUAGUAUGUCAGCAGAAGCUUAAAUUUUUUAAUAUAAAAAAUUCUGUCAUAUAUAUGAGACAAAACAGCUGUUGGAGCCAUCACCCAAUGUACAAUAACAAGAAUAUUCGAAACAGCUGGCAACCCUGCGUGAGCUAAAUAACAACAAAACGAACCGCUGCAGAAAAUCGCUCAAAAUCACAAAUUAAACACAACUAAAUGAUUGUGUUUAGAAACUGUGCAGUGCUUCUGGUGAUUGCCUCAAUAUGCAGUUUCUUUUACGGCAUUGUACAUGUACACGUCGAGGUGGAGCCGAACGCCUGUCGAAUGACAUACAUGUUUGGUGAGCCCAGAUUUGCGCGUGUGCAAUUUAGUGCCAAUACACAAUUUCCCAACUAUGGACUCUACUACUAUUAUGAAGGUGUUCGCCAGCCACUGGAUCCUCUAAAAAUGCGCAUGACUGGAGCCCCGGUAAUCUUCGUGCCCGGAAAUGCGGGCUCUUAUAAGCAGGUGCGCUCCUUGGCAUCGGUGGCAUUGCGCAAGGCACGCGAACAUCCAGAGGCAGGCAUACAUCUAGAUUACUAUACAAUUGAUUAUGAUGAGGAGUUAUCGGCACUCUAUGGCGGCUAUAUGUAUCAUCAGCAAUCAUUUCUCAAGCACUGCAUACGCACCAUUGCCUCGCUCUACCGUCGGCCCAGCCCAAUUGUUCUAAUUGGGCAUUCCAUGGGCGGCAAGCUGGCUCAGUCGGUGCUAACAGAUGCAGAAAUUGGUCAGCACAUCAAUGCCAUUAUCAGUAUAUCGACGCCGCUCGACCAGCCGGUGCUCAAUUUGGAUUCGCAUCUGAGCCAAUUCUAUAUGGAGACACACGAGUUGCUCAGUCGCACCCGCACCGCCACACAGCCGUCAACCAAGACGAAUGUAUGCGAGAGUCUGCAUCAGAAACCUCCCAGCGAGCAGACAAUGGCCAGCCAGGUGUUGUCCGCUAAGCUGGACAAUGUACUACUCAUUUCCACGGGAGGUGGCAACCGAGAUCUGCUCGUGCAGCCAGGCCUAACCACCUCGCAGUUCAAUGAUCUGCAUGCCAUGACCUCAGCUAUACCCCGUGUCAGUCUAAGCUGCGAUCACUUGUCUGCGGUGUGGUGUCUACAAUUCAUGCAGGUCAUCAACCGCUUCCUCUUCAACAUUGCCCAGCGACGUGACGACGGCUUCGUCAUCUUUAGCAGCAACAAACAGCGCAAUAUGCAAUCUGCAGUAGCACACUUUGUGAAACCAAGAACACGUCAGCAGAGCCUUACGAACAUGCACGCACAUACUAAUUGGCAUGAGGAGCGUCGAUUAGUCAUUAACAAGUUUUUUGCUCAUGGCCUAAAGAGUCAUUAUUAUGAGCUGAUUGGCUUGGGGCGGCAGGAGCGAUAUAAGAAACUUGCCGUUGAGGCUUUGAACGUUGAGAGCGAUGAGAAUUGGCUCUUCGGCUGUGAAGCACAUAAGCACAAUGAAACGGAAUUAAAUUAUUGCGAUAAGGCAACGCCUCUAACACAUCUCGUGCAGCGUCUACCCAAUGGGGACAGCAAUCCGAGAAGAAUUGCAGUUCUCGAUUUGCAUAAUCUACGCAAAACGUAUGCGAAGUGGACGCACUUGCUGUUGCGUCUGCCGCCGAGCAGUCAACUCGCUGGCUACAAUCUGGACAUCUAUGAUCCCAAGGAUCGCAUUGUGGACAUACGUAUGCCGCGUUGGUAUGCCUAUGGCCGACGCAUUGCUGUCAAUGAGACACUGCAGGGCACCAUGCACUAUCGAUUACGCAUUGCCGAUCUGGUAGAACCCUAUCAGGGUCUGCGCAUUCACAUUGAGCCACAGAACUGUUUGCAACCCAAUUACCGGGUUACGGCCCGACUGUGUGUGCCCUGGGCAGCCGGCUUUGAGCGUUACCAAACGCUUACUUCACCCGAUCAGAAACCUGGACUUUAUAUCAAUGUGCCCACCUUGAUGCCUAGGCAUUAUAACACCACAUUGAAUCCAGUCAUGCUCGACUUGUAUUUGGAUCCUAUAUGCCGGUAUCGCAUUAGCUAUGAGUAUUCGUAUGCUGACGCCUUGUCUCGCAUUGUGCUGGAAUUCUAUGGCUGGAUACCAGCCCAUUUAGUUUGUGUGCUGCUCAUCGUGCUGCGCAAGCAAUUGGAUAAGUUUCAAGAGCUGGGCACCUUCAAGAGCUUGCGGCCCUACAUUGGCUACCUGCAGUACACAUCGCUCUAUGUAGUUACGGGCUGUCGUUUGCUCAGAAAGUUGAUACUGAAUGUGAAGCUAUUGCCGAAACCGGAGCAGCUGGACUAUAGCAUUAAUAUAUCGAUAAUAAUUCAUUGUGCGGCCAUUGGGUUGUCGGUUGUGGCCGCUUUGGCUGUUUGGCUAUCCUUGACCAUCUAUGGCAAUAUGUUCCAUCGUUUGGCGUUGCGUUUGACUCGUCUGUCCACGCCCAGCUCGAACAUAAUGCUCUCGAUCAUGACACAUCUACCAAUCACGUACGGCAUACUGACCAUUGGCGUUGCAUUGGGCUCAUGCAGCGGUCUGGCAUUGCUCUUGGCAUUUGUUUUUUAUUUCCUAAUGCUAUCGAAUUCGUACAAGGACUAUUUGGAGGACUUUUUAUGGCAAAAGGCGGCUAAUUUAGUGCACAUGGCAGCGGGCAUUGGCAGCGACGCAAACAGCCAAAAUCAGGAUCAACCAGAUGCAUUAGCUAACACCAGUGAACAGUCGCUACUGUCUAGUGAUGAGGAUUUGCCAGCACCGCACCCUGACGGGCAACAACGGCAGCAGCAACUGCAGCCUGCCAGCGAUCCGGCUGAGAAGGAGUUAUGCGUUGGCUUGCAAAACUUUUCUUUUCACAUAACACUGCUGCUAAUGCUGCUCACACUGCUGCUACUUAGCACACCCACUAGCUUGGCCUGGCUGCGCAGUCGCAGGCAUGGCAUUGUUCUGCCCGAUCCAUCUUUGCAGACGAGCAUUGUGGCCCUUGGCUCACUCAGUUUGCUGCUUCAACUGCGGGCGCCUCAGAAAUUACGAGGCUAUUGGAUGCUGUCUGUCGUAUUGUAUUUGUGCGCUGGAAUUGUGUUGCUCUAUUGCCAGACGUCUAUAUAUCGACUAAACUAUAUAAUCGCUGGAGCGUUUGCCUUGCUCGCCGUGCAUCAGAGUCUGGAAAGACUAUACCAGAAGCUGCGUCCCGCAUCUGUUUAGAAUUUAUACAAAAAGUUGUCAUAUGUAUGCAGUUUAUAUCUAAGAAGUUUUUAAUCUUUUACUUUAUGUUGUUUCGUUACGUUUCGUUUCGUUUCGUUGACUUAAAGAGAAACCAGAUUUUUGUUAUAGACUUAGCCAAAUAUGUAAUUGACUCUGCAAAAGGAUGUGACGGGAAGUCCAUAACGAUCUGCUCUACAAAUCUAGCCUAAAUGGAUGCAGCGAGCUAAUAAUAUGAAAGCAAGAGGCAGCUGACAAAAAACUCACUCCAUAUAUUUGUGGCAUGUGUGAAAAGUGAAUUGCAAACUACACUAAGCAACAUAGUCGAGCUGCUCGUUUCUUAGCUUCGAGUUGAAAUGUUAACCAAAUAUUUAGUUAGCUUACAAUUAUUUGAUGUGCUGUACUUUAACGUAUUAGAUCGUAAUAUAAGGCUACAAUUUAAGAUCUAGACCCAUUUAGACCCAUUUAGUAGUUGUAGUUCAGAAAUUUGUAUAUCUCUUAACUAGCUAACCACGUUUCAGGCCAACCUCCUGUUACUCAUUAAGUAUUUGUGCUAAAGCUUCGAUUUUUAGCAAAGGUAUUAUGUUCUUCC